AUGAAUUUCCACUUAGAAAAUGAUAAUUCAUUAAUUGAUACAUCAAUUUUACCAAAUGAUAUAUUUACACGUAUAGAUGAUGAUUUUUUUUCUAUUGUUAAAAUAUUAGCUGGUGAUUCCGUAGUAAAUAUUUUACGAAUACAACUAAUUAAUUCGGCAAGAAAACUGUUUAAUACAUCUGAUGUGUUUGCUUUUUUUCAAAUCGAAUCAGAACAAACAGAUGCAAUAAAAGCUGAAUCUUGUUUUAAAUCUAAAACUGGACAAUAUGUUGUUAAACCCUGUAUUCAAACCGAAGAAUUAACACUGAAUGAAAAUAAUACAACUCAAAAUAAAUAUAUAUCUAACGAGUUCAUUAACAAGCAUCCGCUUUUAAAAUCUUUAAUUAAAUGGUAUCAACUAAAUGACUCGGAAGACAACAACAAAGCAAAUAGUUUUUUGGUGAUGUUCAUUGAUAAUUUGGUAUCAAAUCUUACACAAUCUUCAAAUCAUUAUAGAUACAGUGAAUCUAUUAAAAAAUUUGCCAUAUGCUUAUAUAUUCUUGGUGGCAAACAAUGUUAUGAAUUUGUUCGUUUAAAUAUGCCUGGUAGUAUACCAAGUCUACCAACAGUUUUAGAUUUAAUAAAUAAAUCUGAUAUGACUUUAACUGAAGCAUAA